AUGUUUAGUGGUUAUCUCCAAGCUGGGAUAUACAAAGGACUUGACGGUCGCCUCGGUCUUCCUGGCUGGCGUUGGCUAUUCAUAUUCUGCGGCAUUAUCUCGCUUCCUGGACCCAUCUGGGGGUACUACGCCGUGCCUGAUAAUCCGUAUUCAACGAAAGCGAGAUGGAUGCCAGAAGACACCAAGCAGUUCUAUAUUGAUAGGAUGGAACAAAUUGAUCGUAGAGCACCUGUGCCACUUUCUUGGGUGAAAAUCAGGAAGAUACUGGGGCAUUGGCCAAUUUGGGUGAUCACCUUGAUGCUCAUAUUCCACUGCGUUAUCACACAACCGCUGAACUAUUUUUCUGUUUGGCUGAAGUCGCUUGAUCGUUUCACUGUCUAUCAGAUCAACCUGUUCCCCACUGCUGCACAAGCACUGGGUCUUGUCACAACACUCGCUUAUGCUUGGAUCUCUGACGGGCUUGGCGGAAAGAGAUGGCAGGUUAUGAUUGUUCCAGCGACCAUAAACUUUGUUGGUAUGGUAAUCGUGGCUGCUGGUCCUGGAUACGGCGCAACUUUCUUUGGAUACCUCAUCAACGCAGCUUCAUGGGGGCUGUGGCCUGUGUUGUAUGCAUGGGUGAAUGAAAUAUGCCACGAAGACGCCGAAGAACGAGCAAUAGUGAUUGAUGUCGCGCAGACAAUGGGCCAGGUCUUUAUCGCAUGGGUUCCUGUUGUUAUUCUAAACGUUGGAAAAUACGCACCCAGGUUUAAGUUGGGUUUCACCGUGAUGUCUGCACUUAGUGUCGGCGAAUUUGCGAUGAUCUUCGUCAUCCUGUGGUUCGUGACUCGAGAUGUGAAGAGGGAUAAGAUUAGUACAAAUGAUGACCAAAUCCCAUUGCCGAAAGCUAUUUAA